UACAACUUCCCCGUCACCCAGUGGUGGGGCAUCGUCUUCUUCGGUCCCCAAGACUUUGUUCCCUACAAGACCAACUGCAGGUUCAAGCUCCACUGGGUCGCGCGCGCUGUCAGCCGAAAGUGGCUCACGCUCAUCCAGUCCCGCGACGUCGACGCCCUGGCGGAGAUGUCGCUCGGGGAUUUCGCGCUUGCCGUGUUUGACAAGGUUGCUGAGUUGCCAUGGGCAUUCUGAAAGAGAACUUUGACGAAAACGACCUCAUGCGCUUCGCCAAUCUUUCCGACAUUCAGCCCUUUUUGCUCGCCGCAGCCAGCCGUAUCUGGCAAAAGUACGUCGACAGUGGCUGUCCGCCGCCGACCCUGCGGGCACAAGGGUACGACGCUUGGGCGGGCUGGGUCGAUGCCCACGUCCCUGCACUUGAAUCGCUCCCGCCGCGCCCAUUCACCAAAGUCAACCAUGACGACCCCGACGCCGAGCCCACAAUCGUGUGGCUCGACCACGAGUUGAAGCAGGUUCCUGCGCCCAAGCUGCGACCCGGUCGCCUUGCCAAUGCUCUCAAGAGGGGCACUGCCCCCCCACACGCGCCGUCGACGACUCUGUCCCCGCCGUCCUCAGUGCCCUCGGCGUCCGUAGCCUCCGCCUCGGGCUUCUCGGGCUCCCCGCCUUCAAGUGCCCCUGUUCCGUUGUUGCACCCUCCGUCGCCUCGCUCCGCGCCCUCUUCGCGGCCCUCUCCGAUGGCUACUAUGCGCCACUUUUUCUCGCGCACGAGGCGCCCCCGGGUCCCGUCCAUGCCGCCCAACCCGUAAGGUGCCAGCGUCGUGAGCUGUGUUCGUAUUCCAAUUGUAUAUGUGAUCUGUGCAAGUAUGAUACAUGAAGCGGGCCUCGAUGCCUGAUGACUCUCACAUCGGAUACAGGGGCAGGAGAAUAUGCCACAUGGGAAAAUGCCAGUCUGUGCCGCAUGCCGCAUACGCCGCCCGCGUACGCUGCAUCCCCAUCUUGCUCAAUUGCUCAUCCAUCCAUCCGUCCGUCUUCAUCCCACAAAGUGCUGCGUAAGCACACUACCAUUCACACCUCGCACACCAUCCAUCCACCCUCGCACACCGUCUAUCCACCCUCGCACACCGUCUAUCCACCUCGUGGAC